CACUCCCCGGACUGUGGCGGCGGCGGCUUUUGCACCGGAAUCGCGGCGCCGGCUGGAGGAACGGGCGGACGGAGGGGCGCGAUUGCGGGCCGGGCGGCUCCUUCCAGCCCCGGGGAGGCCGCGGGCCGCGCGCGGACCGUAGAACGAAGCGGGCGGGGCCCGGCAGAGCGAGCCAGGCGGAACCAUGGCGCCCACCAUGGGCUCGGCGAGCAUCCUGGAUCUCUGCGGCACCAAACUGAUGGAGUUCAUCUGCAACGUGGAGAACAAGGACAUGGUGUGGCUGCAGGAGAUUAAGGAGGAGGCCUUGAAGAUGUUCUCCAGUGACUUCAGUGUGGAGCCUGAGCUGAUGCCGAAAACACCCUCGCAGAAGAACCGCCGGAGGAAGAAACGGUUCUCCUCCAUUCAGGAUGAAAACAGGCCCCCCAGCAGGAAAAGGUUGUCGCGACGAGCGAACCGCAGGAGCAGUCAGCUCGGCCGGCAGCUCCUGCGCAGCAAAGACCGGCUGGAGAAGCUGGUCCUGGUGGUGGCCGAGAACGGCUCCGUCCCUCGGGGGGCUCGCGGCCAAGCCGCGGGCGCCCCCUCCCUGCCCGAGUCCCCCACGUGGCUCCCCAAGAAGUCCGCAACCCUGCCGGCCGUCGGGGGGCUCGUGCCCGUGGUGGAGAUCGGCGUCAGCGAGCAGCGCAGCGCCGAGAAGUGCCUGGAGGCCAGCAGGGCCCGGACGGCCGAGCAGCAGCUCUCCUUCGGUGGCGGCUCGGGCCGCAAGGACCCGGCGGUGCCAAGGAAGCAGGCGGAGGGCGUCCUCGAGGCCGCCCCCGGGACCUCUUUGGCGGUGCCCGCUGAGGGGCCGCAGGGGAAGGCCGCCAGGCCGGCUCGCUCCGUGGCCAAGCUCCGGAUAGCGCAGCCGGCCUCUCCCGAGGAGGCGGCGGCCGAGCCGGACGGGGCCCCCCUCCAGGGGCAGCCCCAGCCAGAGGCCGCGCUCAAGGACUCGCCCGAGAGCCCACGGACCCCGACGGGCUCCCGCUCUGACCGGCGCUCGGUGCGCAGGAGCCUGGUGCGCAAAUCCUCCCGGGCCCACCGGGUCUCCCUGAUCCACAAGUACUCCAUGGUCCCCAAGAGGAUCAGCUCGAGGCGGCGCUCCUCCCGCCAGCAGGCCCAGGAGCCCGCCACCGGCCGCAUCAUCUGUCACAGCUACCUGGAGAGGCUCCUGGAUGUGGAAAUACCCGGGAAAGCCAGCUCCGAAGAGGAGGCGGAGGGUGCGACAGAAACGGACCCGGAGGUGGUUGAGAGCACCAGGAGAACGCUGCGCCCUCGGAACGCCAACAAGAUCGCCAUCAGCACCCCGAAGGCCCAGCCGGAGUCUGGGGGCCAGGCGGCUGGUGACAGCGAGAACAAGAUGGGCGGAAGCGAGGAGCCGCAGGAGGAGCUGCGAGAGGAGCUGCGGGAGCCGCCGCAGAGCGUCAGGCGGAAGAGGAGCUACAAGCAGGCGGUCAGCGAGCUGGACGAGAACGGGGACCACGGGGACGAUGAGGCGCUCACCCCCCCUCGAAACAAGACUCCCUCCCCCGUCUGCCCACCCAGCAAGGUGGUGCGGCCCCUGCGGACCUUCCUGCACACGGUCCAGAAGAACCAGAUGCUCAUGACCCCGACCUCCGCUAGCCGCUCCAGCGUCAUGAAGUCAUUCAUCAAGCGCAACACUCCGCUCCACAUGGACGCCAAGGGCAGUUUUGUUGAGAAGGAGCGGCAGCGGCUGGAGAACCUGAAGAAGAAGGAGGAGGCCGAGCUGCUGAGGAAGCAGAAGGUGGAGGAGGACAAGCGGAGGCGCCUGGAGGAGGUGAAGAUGAAGCGGGAAGAGCGCCUCCGCAAGGUCCUGCAGGCCCGCGAGCGCGCAGAACAGCUGGAAGUGGAGAAGAAAAAGCGCAUCGAGCAGAAGCUGGCGCAGCUGGAGAAGAACGAGAAGGCCAAGGAGGAGCGGCUGGCUGAGGAGAAGGCCAGGAAGAAGGCAGCGGCCAAGAAGCUGGAGGAGGCCGAGGCCAGGCGGAAGCAGGAGGAAGAGGCCAGGAGGCAGAAGAGGCUCCAGCAGGAGGAGGAAGAGCGGAGGUUCCAGGAGCAGCUGCAGAAGAAGAAGGAGGAGGAGCAGGAGCGGCUGCGGAAGCUGGCCGAGGCCCGCAGGAUCAUGGAGCAGCAGAAGCAGCGGGAGCAGCAGCUGGCCCUGGAGAGGGAGAUGGAGAGAAAGCGGGAGCAGGAGAGGCUGCAGGCCGAGAGGGAGCGACAAGAGAGGGAGAAAGCCCUGCGGCUGCAGAAGGAGCGCUCCCAGAGGGAGCUGGAGGAGAAGCGCAAGCGGGAGGAGCGGCAGCGCCAAGAGCAGGAGCGGAAGAGGCUCCAGGAGGAGCAGGAGAAGAAGGCCAAGGAGGCGGCCGCUGCUGCCGCUGCCGCCACCCCCGCCAUGGGCACCGGAAGCAAGUUCCUGAAUGUAACCAUGGACAUGCAGUCCCCAGUUUGCAACUCGUAUGAAAUGACCCCCCAGGGCCCCAAGGGGGGCCCCAAGAUCAACCCAGACAACUACGGCAUGGAUCUGAACAGCGACGACUCCACCGACGACGAGACCCAGCCCCGAAAGCCCAUUCCUGCCUGGGCCAACGGGACCCAGCUCAGCCAGGCCGUGAUCCGGCAGUACUACCAGCCCCCCGACCUGGACCAGCUCUUCGGGACCAUCCUGAGCCCCAGGCUCGAGGACAUCUUCAACAAGAGCAAGCCCCGCUACCACAAGCGCACCAGCUCGGCCGUCUGGCACUCGCCGCCGCUGCCGGGCUCCCGGCCCUUUGUGGGCCUGCCCUACGGCCUGAAGAAGCCCUGAGGGGCGGGGAGCCCGGCUGCCGAGCACGGGACUGUACAUGUGUUUUCUUUAAGAAUCGAGGGGUUUUUUAGUGUAGACAGGUGAAGGCGAGCCCAGAGCCGGAGGCCUUUCUGGAGCCGGGCCGGGGGCGGCAGAGACUGAGACCCCGUGAAGCGGGGGCGGGCUCCGAGGGGCGGCCACGCGCCGGGCGGCGGCCCCCACUGUACAUAAUGCUAAGGAGCUAGUUGAAGGCUUUUUAAGAGUAGCUUAAUAAAAUGUAUUUCCUGUGACCUGCCGUUCUUGCCUUCGGGGGGAGUCCCGGUACUUGGUCAAGGAGGGCCCGGGCCUGGGCCUGUGCUGGGGCCAGGGGUGGGCCGGGAGGAGCAGCCUUUAUCCCCUGACAGCCCAAGUUCUGAGGGCCCAUCCGACUGGCUUUCCUUGCCCCUCCCUCCUUCCCCCGGCCCCAACUUCCCAUGUUCUGGAUUCUAACCUCACCCCUUCCCUUUAGCUCUUGACAAUCCAUAUUCUAGGCUCUAAGCCUCCUCCCGACCCUGAUGUUCCAUAUCUGGGUUUUAAGCCCCUCCUGGCCCUGACUUUCUGUGUUCUGGGUUCUAAGUCUUCUGGUUCUGACGUUACGUGUUCUGGGUUCUAAGCCCCUCCUGGCCCUGACUUUCUGUGUUCUGGGUUCUAAGUCUUCUGGUUCUGACGUUACGUGUUCUGGGUUCUAAGCCCCUCCUGGCCCUGACUUUCUGUGUUCUGGGUUCUAAGUCUUCUGGUUCUGAUGUUACAUGUUCUGGGUUCUAAGCCCCUCCUGGCCCCAAUGUUCCAUGUUUCAUGAUUCCUGUUUCUUCCCAGUUCUUCCACGUGUGAGUCUUGGGGGCCCAGAAUCAACUGAGGGGCAGGUGGGUGGCCAGAGUUUGGUGGGAAAUGCUCGUGUGUGGGCCUGUGCCCCCACUUUGAAAGGCACAUGCCAAUGGCACCUGGCCCGAGGGUGUCCACAGGGGGUCAUUUUUCAGGAAACCAAGUCAGGGUAAGUGACUUGCCCAGGGUCACACAGCCAGGAAGCUUUAAGUAUCUGAGGGCAGACACUGACUCCAGUGUUGGUGCUUUUAAAUAAAGCCUUUCUGUCUCCCUCCAGAGCUCGAAGUACCCAGGGGGGCUGCAGGUGGGGAGAGUGGGCGGCCAAGCCCGAAGGCAGCAUCGCCCUGCGGCAUUUCCCCUUUGGGUUCUUUUUGGGUUUUGUUUGUUUUAAUUCACAGUUGACACCAAUUAAAUAAACCCCCUGUUUCCAAGCAAAAA